GGCAUAUGUAUACCGUAUACGGAUCAAAUACCCUCGUCAGAAGAGAUUCUUUAAACUAAAAGCUCGAUCCGCCGUGGGCUAAACAAAAAAUAGUCUCUCUCUUCUUCUGAUCUUUUCUAUUAAAGUCUGUACCAUUGAAUUUAUUAAUGAAUUCUGUUCCUUCAUCUACUUUCUUAAAUGAUUCAUUCGUCUGCUCCAGCCUCUCCUAUUUGCGUUUCUUCUGCUCCUUAGUUUCUCUUUAAUUUGCAAGUUUUUCUCAACGGUUGCAUCUUUCUUCUUGAGGAUCUCAGGGCCGGAAUCACACACAGAGGCAGAAAUGAGUCAAACCCAAUCUUCUUCAUCUCAACAGUUCUUUAGCUGUGGCCAGCAAAUAUCAGCUUUUGUGGUGGCCUCCGAUCUCCUUAGUCGUCUGUGGGAAUCCAUUUCCACUUCCACAAUACAGAGAACCGAUCCGAGCAAAGAAUUGACAUUUCAGAAGCAGGAAUUACCCGGUUUCACAAUCAUAGCUUUAGUUACUUCACCAUCAUGCGCCAAACACCAGCAUCAGUUCCUAUCACCACAACUUCAAAGGAACGACAAGCGUUUUAAGUUUCUUUGUACCAAGGACAACCCAUCUUUCCAUAUUAAUGAAGUUGUUCUCACCCUCUUCGAGUCUCUAUACGAUGAGCUCUCCUCUCUGCUGAUAGAGUCGGCCGCUAAAGCUCCGCUGAUUCUCACCGGUCAUUACCUAGGAGGGGCAGUUGCUUCUCUCUACACCUUAUGGCUGUUACAGAACAUCCCUGCAAAAGCUAAGCUUCCCCUCUGCAUCUCUUUUGGCUCUCCACUGAUCGGCGACGAUGUCCUCGUGGCAACCCUUCGUCAGUCAACAUGGAAUUCUCGUUUCCUACAUGUAGUUUCCAACGACGAUCCCAUACCUCGCCUGUUCGUCUUACCGGGAAGUCCCGUCGUCGCAGCCGAUGAUACCAUGAUGGAAACCAAUUUUGAGGAACCCAGUUCCAUUUACAAACCCUUCGGUACGUUUCUCAUGUGUUCUCGAUCGGGGCAUGCUUGCUUCAACCACCCUGAGACAAUUCUGGAAUUGCUGCGAGUGACUUGGUCAUCAUCAUCAGGAGGCAGAAACCCAGGGCACUGGGGUUAUAAUGAGGACUACGGGAUGAUUAUCCAACAACUCAAACAUAGUUUGGCGUAUAGCGCGCCAGUCGUUCAAUUUUCGGAAUCUCCACAACGGACCAGCAUUCUUUUACAGCUUCAAGUACUCGGGCUGCAGCUGCUGAAUAAUGACAACAGCAACGUUUGGUUAACUAGCUUAGAGGAACGGGAAAAGACAGAUUUCUUGCUCAAGGAGAAACGCACCUCCGAUGACAAGAAACUGAAUGACAUGAAAAUCAAUAUGGCCAACCUUGAAUGGUACAAGAAGUUGUCCAAGGGUAAAGGGGGAUACUACGACUGCUACAAGAAUAAGCAUGAGAUGCGGGACAUUCAUGUCGAAAAGUUCAAGAAGGAGCUUACAAAUUACUGGAAAGAGAAGGUUGAAGAAGCAGAAAAGAAGCCCCAGAAGGAAGGAGCCCAACUUCGGACUCGCUGGCUGUAUGGAGGAACAAAUUACAGAAGAAUGGUUGAACCUCUUGACAUUGCUGCCUACUACAGAAGGAAGGAGCCCAACUGCAGUACGCCCGGUGAGAAGGACUACUGUUCUAAAGGUAGGUCUUCCCAUUACCGAUUGCUGGAAAAGUGGCAGGCAGAGGAGGCAAAACAAGCAUCAGGAGAGAAGAAGAAAGUUACUGCGGCUAGUCUGACAGAGGAUUCCUGUUUCUGGGCACGUGUUGAGGACGCUAGGACGUUGUUGGAGAAUAAUGGAGGAACGGAAUCAGUCACAGAUGAAUCAAUGAUAGAGAAGAUGGAGGAGUUUGAGAAUUAUGUAAUGGAUUUGAUAGAAAAGCUUGCAGUCUCUCCAGAGAUUUUCUUGGAAGGGAGCACCUUCAUGCAAUGGUGGAACCAAUACGAGCAAAUCUUAGAGUGUGAUCGUAGUUCUCCACUUAUUGACUAUAUGAGGGUACAUAGAUACAGGAAUUAUGGCUAAGUUCAAGAUUAGGAACUCGAUCGACAUAGAUGGAUAGAUAUGAACCUCUAUCAGCUUGAUCGGGUUUUGACGUUUUGGUCGAUCGGGUUUAAGGUUGGGUACAUUACAUGAUAUAUGGGUUUAAUUUCCUUUCCAUUAUUGUUCUAGUUGUAGUGACUUGUGACGUUGCUGGUUUACUUUUAAAAAGACCUAGAGCUUUGGUGGUUUUAUAUUUUGUUUUUUGGUAUAAUUUUUGUGAUGUUAAACGGAAAAGUACGGACUGAUUCAUUUCAGAUUUUUGAAUUGACAUCAAUUCUGAACUGACACCAUUUUUUA